CUGCGUGAUGUUCAUCGUCAGCAUGAUCUACUGCGAGUGUUUGCCUGGGGGCGCAUGUUUUGCCACAGCUGCGCUAAGAAUAGUCAAACCCCAUAUGUUACUUCAUGGCUGGAAGGAUGUAUCACUAUUUACGCCAAACCCUCACAUUUACAUCUUGAAAUCCACCCAUAAUGUAUAUUCUACAAACCACAACAGCGGUACUCAUCGCGUUUCUUGCAGUCAUCGCCUACAGUGAAGUUCGGAAUCGUCUUGCGAAAGGACGAGGAAGAAGAAAGGAUCUUGAAACCCCAAGCAGCCCAACAAUACCCGCCACCAACGAUGUCAAACCACCAGCGCAUGACGGCAGUUUGGAGAAGUCAUCCAUACUUGAUGCAGCCGGCUCAGUCGACCCAGAGUUAGAGAGAGACAAGCAGCUCUACUACAAACUCCACCAUCUCGAACACCACCCCGAAAUCUUACCAGAGUGUCGCGAGCUUCUGCUUGGUCUCCUCUCCUCUACAAUCGCCGACGCAGCCAAGGAACCCCAUAGCGGGAUCUUGACCGUCGAAGAGUUCUCGCGGGAUAGAUUAAAUGAGUUCCUCAAAGCCAAGGACGUCGACGUCACCAACCGCUGGGAGGAGUACCUUUCGCGUCGCAAAGCCGGUGGAUCGCGCGAGAUGUUCAAUGACAAGAACGAAGCGAAAUGGUGGCUCAAGCAAGCAGCACCAGUAAAAUACGUCGACGGCGCAUGGCUCGGACACAUCAACAAGAUUAGCACGCCCUUCAAGUACCGUCAAAUCACCAAGAAUGCCUGGCAGGUCAUGUCCGAAGAGCUUGGAGACGGCGAUCUUGCAAAGAAUCACGUCCAUGUGUAUCGAGAACUGAUGGAGGACAUUGACGCUGGACUACCCGCUGCCGAUUCAGAAGACUUUAUUCAUCCCCGUCACGAUUUGACUGAAGCACGCUGUUGGAAAGCAGCCAUGGCUCAGCUCACCAUUUCCUUGUUUCCCCAUGAUUUCCUUCCAGAGGCCUUGGGCUUCAAUAUGGCGUACGAGAGUUUGCCGCUCCACUUGCUGAAGACCGUCAAGGAGCUUCGCGAACUCCGACUAAACCCGUACUACUUCGAGCUGCAUAUCUCCAUCGAUAAUGCCGAUUCGGGUCACGCUGCGAUGGCAAUGGCUGCAGUGACCAACUACAUUGAGUUGAUUGCAGAGCAAGAAGGGGAGGAAGCCGCGAAUAUCGCGUGGAAACGCGUACAGGCUGGCUACAUCCUCGCUGAGGGCUUGCCUACGACUCCCGAAAGUCCAUCGCGUAAGGUCCAGGCGGAAGAGCCCUUUCCUCGCACAGAUACAGAAGCGACUCUGAUAGAAGUCUUCGCUGCAAAGAGCUUCGUCGCUCAUAAGAUCCAUUGUAACAGUCGACUUAAGAUCGGUCGCCGUUCUUUAGUGGACUGGCUAGAGCCUAAUGCUUUCAAGGACGCUCAGUGGCAGAAAGAGUUCGUACAGGAUCUUAGUAAUUGCAGUCCCUGGGUUAUCAAGGGCGACAGUGGAAAGAGCAGACUGGUCAAGGAGCUAUCCUGGGAAGGCAAGAUGUUUGGAAGCUUUACUGAGAAGGAGGUGGAAGUCGUGAAAGAGUGGAUCAACGAACUUGGCUCGCCCGUUCAGUCUCCACAGCCUGAUUUACAACUAUACUUCGAUUUCACAGGACAAUCUUCUGAGCCUCCGGUGGAAUCUAUAACACAGGACUUGGACAUCCUUACCGACUAUCCCGUCCUCGCGACGCCAGAACCAAUUACUUCAUUCAGGACAUCCGACAUGAGCAGUCCAAACGUCGACGAGUCCCCGAUUCACGAUUGGAGCAAACUUAAUCUUACCAAUCUCCUUUCACUAUGGCUCACCUCACCCACGCUGCUCGAAGUACUACCUGCAGUACCCGUCCGCGCUGCUGACAUGUUCGGCUCCGCCAUCGUACGCGUACUUCGUGCACAGACCGGAUUCAGUGCGGAAGGUCCUGGUGUCGCCGGCAUGGACGAAGUUCAUCGGACCGAUGACGGUCAAGCUGUCGGUCUUGUGGAACUUGGCUUGCGUAUGUGUUGUAGGGAAGGUCUACAGGUACCUGUCAGCUUGAAAGAAGCAGUUGCUUUAGGCGAUGACGAAAUUGUGUCGUUCUCGCAGUGUAUGAUCUGGAUGGGCAUGCGAUGGCUGACUCACAGAGAUGUACUCGUGGGCAUGGCUUGGGCGUUCAUGGAGAUGCAUGAAGCGCUGGCUAGAUGUCAGGGAGACAUUGCAAUUUUGAAUGAAGAAAGUCGACAUGUGCUGGAAGAGAUCGCGACCAGGGAGAGAAAAGGAUUGGACGUUUGCAAAGCAGAGAUAUUCCAAGAUAAUAAGCGAAAAGACGAGUUUUGCAAAGGCCUUGUCACAGCAAGACGAGCGAUCAAGUCAUGUUUCACGGCAUAGCAAUAGUGGGAAGAAGAUCAUGU